CUUAUAUAUAGAACAGAAAAGCUUAUCUCCCAAAACUCUGAUAAAUCCCCCUCUCCUUCUCCCCUUCCCUCUCGCUUUCCUUCACCUUCUCCCUCCUUUCUUCCAUGGCAGUUGAAGCGCACCAUCUUCUCCCUUUGUCCCCUCAGCUCCUCUUUGACCGAGAGCUGAUAAAGGUAGCUGACUCGCAACCGCCGGAGAUGAGCGAUGCUUUAUUCGCCACCACCGCCACCGUCUGCAAGAAACGGCCGAGAGACCCACUCACCUUCGGCCUUGAUGAACUCUCCUCCCAUGUCCGGCAUGACAUGCUCGACCUUGAUCGUCUUCUUACAGAUCAUAACGAAAGAGUUCGCGCAGAGCUAAACGAGCGGCGGCGGUUGUUCAUGCAGCAGCUAAUGGCAGCAGUAGAGCAAGGCAUUUGGAAGCGGCUGAAGGCAAAAGACUACGAGAUCGAACGAGCCAAGAGAAUUAACUUAGCAUUAGAAGAAAGAGUUCGCAGCCUCUCCAUGGAGAUCCAAAUAUGGCGAGAACUGGCUCAAACCAACGAAGCCAACGCGAAUCUCCUCCGAACCAACCUGGAGCAAGUAAUACUCGCUACGCAGCUUCGCGUGAAGGAGGAGCAGCAGCGAAGGUGUGUGGCGGAAAGAGACGCAGUUGAUGAUGCCGAGUCUUGUUGCUGUGGGGAGAGCGAUGGAGUAAUGGCGUCGGUGGAUAGGCCAAUGAGGGCGUGUAGGAGCUGCGGGGAGAGGGAGGCGACAGUGCUGUUGCUGCCAUGUCGCCACCUUUGUCUCUGUGUGGAUUGUGGUCGGGUUAUUAAUUUCUGUCCGAUUUGUAAAUGUUCGAAGAGUGGGAGUGUGAAUAUAAAUUUAUCUUGAUUUUUUUUUUUUGAAGGAGAAAUAAGGUGUAGGAGGAGUUUAUUAUUACUAUUUUUUUUGGUAAUAAGGGUGGUAAUUACCAUAAUUAAAUGCAUGGAAUUCAUCUGUUCUUUUUAUUAA